CCAAGGUAGACUCGGGGUUCCUUGGCUGUACUGUUGAUCAGACAAUUACUGUCCUCCCCCCAGCGGGGGCCGAGAGCUCCGGGGGACUUGGAGCUCUAUUUAGUGGCCAAGGCUGAGAAAAAGUGAGGGGAGGAGGUGCCCCGGGUGGUCAAAGUAUCAGGUGAUGGAUGGGGUCUAUCCGAACCUUUGUCUCGGGCCACUGCUCUGCCUCUACUUAUGUUGGAAUGCCGCGGUAUAUAGGGAAUAACAAUCUUGAUAUUUGUAUUGCAUUGCACUGCUUUGCAUUUCCGGCAAACUUGAACUGAACUACUCACACGGCCUGUCAGCAGUUCAUCUAUUCCAUUGAUUAUAUCCUUGUUUCACAAUGGCGGCGUUAUUGAAAGGAGUAGGCUUCAUCACUGGUGCUGCAUCGGGCAUCGGUAAAGCAACAGCCUUCUCAUUCGCCAAACACGGAGCCAAAGCCCUUGCGCUCGCCGACCUGAACGCCGCAGCAGUCAAAGCAGUUGGCGCCGAGAUCCAGAAAUCGUACCCGAAAGUCCAGGUCUUGCCGCUUGAACUCAAUGUGACGGACGAAAAGGCCGUCGACGCCGCCAUCAGCCAGACAGCCAGCCAGUUCGGCCGGAUCGACUAUGCGGUCAACAACGCCGGCAUCACGGGCGUAAUGGCGCAUUCGGCCGACCUCGACCCUGCAGACUGGAAGAAGGUGCUGGAUGUUAACUUGCAUGGUGUGUGGUUGUGUGAGAGAGCAGAGAUCCGGCAGAUGUUGAAGCAGGAGCCGUUGGAAGCAAACACCGUCCGAUACGGCCGCGGAACCAUCGUCAACAUGUCGUCCAUGUAUGGCGUCAUUGGCCCUUCGGUCAACACGCCUGCCACGGCAUACUCGGCUUCCAAACAUGGUGUGUUGGGCUUCACUAAGCCGGAUGCUGUGGCGUAUGCGAAGCAAGGGAUCCGCAUCAAUGCCAUUUGUCCAGGGUACGUCGCAACCCCGCUGUUGGAAGAGGCCGUCAAGAGCGGUGCCAUGGACAAGGAAAUCGAGAGAACUCCCGUCGGAAGGAUGGCUGUGCCCGAGGAAAUCGGUGACACCAUCACCUUCCUCGCCUCACCGAUGAGCAGUUUCAUGUACGGCGCCGGACUUGUCGUGGACGGAGGCUUCACUAUCCAAUAAAUGCUUGUCUGUAACUUGGCUGAGGUCGAGAAGGGGGCCAGAAUGUCUGAUCAAAUAAAUGUGGUACAAUGCGGGAGGCUGGCAGUUGGCUGGUUGAACAAGGCAUCUGUGUGCAGAGCCCAGAGGGGCUCACUGCUGCCGUCCACAUGCCUUUUCAGUCCACACGUGGAUUUUCAGAUGUUGGGCUGAAUGGUUUGGCCGAUGUAAUCUACCAGUCUGAUAUAUUUUUGCAGCUGAAUUGGCCAGCUUCCCGUAAGAAAAUGGCAUCCAGACUUUGGAAUUUCUGCUAGAAGCAUCCGUUUUCAGGACACAUGAGCCCGCACUGUUUAACAAUACUUUACCUACCGGGAAUAAUCAUUGUAUGGUGGAUUAGUGACUGGUAACUGGUAGAACUCCAAACAACAGAGGGUAGAACGGGGGAGUGCAGUUAGACCUGUAGGAUAAUAAACAUAUACGCUCUCCC